UUCCAAGCUAUACUGCCUUGUACAUCAAUAGCAAAUGAGUGCCUGGGGCGAGAAAGUCAGAACCCUCUAGACGCCGAGUAUUGCUGAGGAAUAACCUAAAGAACGCGAAGUUGGCUAGCAGGAUUAACAAGGCACAACGCAUUGAUGCCACUGCAGACAAGCGUGACAAGACCUUACGUAAGCCUCUCCAAAACUUCUGGAACACGACGUGACGGACGGCCUCCUACUACCAUUCCCUAUGGUGAGGCACCAGCUGCGAACUAUCUGAUGUAUGGGACUGAGGCCUUGCCUCUGGCAAGACGGAAUGCACUAGUUGAAACAAGAUCUUCAGGCCGGCACAAUUACGUAGUGUUUUUUUCUUCCGUUUCGCAUGUCGUCACUAGUUCGUUACAUCAACUCCACUUCAGACUUCGGAGUGGGUCAUCGGUACUUGCUAUCGGCUAUAAGUUUUUACAUCUCUAUCGCCCACUCCUCGUGCCUAGGAUCAAGGAUAUGCCAUCUGAAGUAUUCUAUAAGUACAGGGCUUUAUCAUCGCUCUCAGCACCCGCUUUGUUCAUAUGGGAUCUCAGAUGGGGACGGAAAACUAACAGCAGCGCGGCAGCGUUUGUGAUGCCCUGUUGACUGCAUGUGAUAAGCAUCGAUCGUCAUGAAAUUUACCCUGAUAUUGAUAUUAAUAUUCAUGGAUCGUCCGGUGUGGUCACCCUCCGUAACAUGAACUUGAUUGUGACAUUGUGGCAUUCGCCCGUCUAGCCAUACUGAAACUUGUGGGUCAUUUACAAGCUUUUCUUCGGACCCUGGAA